ACUCAGAACCCGAUCUUCCGGUUUAGACAAACAACACCGGCGUAGUCAGUCAAGCAAAGCCAUAGGUUUUACACUGAGAAAAGUUGCAUCUCUGCUUUGGCGCAGGAAAGUAGUAGUCAUAAUGCUCGUUCUCAGUGCUCUAGCCUUAUUUCUGAUAGUCCCAGGUCUUUUAGGUGAUGACAAGCCCAAGGGGCCCAAAGUCACCGACAAAGUGUUCUUUGACAUCACAAUAGGAGGGAAGGAUGUAGGGAGAAUAGUGAUAGGGUUGUUUGGUAAAACCGUCCCAAAAACUGUGAAAAACUUUAAAACUAUUGCUGAAGGAACAGAGGAGAGGGAUGGCAAAAAGCUUACAUAUAAAGGUAGCAAGUUCCAUCGUGUGAUCCCAGACUUCAUGAUUCAGGGAGGUGACUUCACCAGAGGAGAUGGAACUGGGGGGAGAAGUAUUUAUGGAGAAAAGUUUGCCGAUGAGAAUUUUAAGCUGAAGCACUAUGGCGCAGGCUGGCUUUCCAUGGCCAACGCUGGCAAGGAUACAAAUGGAUCUCAGUUCUUCAUCACAGUCAAGAAAACUGAAUGGUUGGAUGGCAGACAUGUUGUAUUUGGAAAAGUUCUGGAGGGCAUGGAUGUAGUUAGAAAAAUAGAGAGAAAUCCAACAGCAGCUGGCGAUAAGCCAAAAGAGGAAGUUGUGAUAAAAGAUUGUGGUUCCCUUCCUGUAGAUACUCCAUUUUCUGUUGAGAAAAAAAGUGCUGAUUAAAAUUUAUUUUUUUAUAUUUUUAAAAACUUCUUUUUCAUUUUCUUAGACAUGAUACAUUAAUUUGACAUGUAGUUAUUUAAUUAGUAAGACACAGCAACUUUGAACUGUUAUUGUAGCUUUCAUUUGCAGAAAUCGAUUUUUAUACACGUUUCGUAAAGAGCGACAGUGUGUUUUACUGAUUUAUAUUCAGGCAAAUAAAAAAUCUGCAGAAAAUUAAA